AUGGGCACGGCAUGGCAAUUUAUACUGGACGAUCAGGAAGUGGCUAGAAACUUUUGGAUUGAGGUUUGUAAAGAAACAUGCGAAAAUGGUCGAAAAUAUUUAUAAAACGGAAUUUUAUUGAGCGCUUAUCAGUAAUAUUGUUUAUACUGUGCAAAAUCGAGGAAAUUAGAUAAUUAAAUAUCUUAGAACUCUCCGUGUGAGAACUUGAAAGAAGAAAUCAGUCGGACAACAACACUUUUCUUUGAAAUCGAGACGGUCAAAACUGGCGCCACUUUCACUCUCUUCUGUAUUUUACCACCUUCUCUAGAAAUAUUAUUCUACGUUAUUGAUUCAUUCAGGUAAUUUUUUUAUAAUCGAUACAGGUCGUUUUUUUGAUAUAUUUUUGGAGGAAAUUGAAAUGAGGUUUUAGGUACGUAUGCAAACUUAUAAUGCUUUUUCUUUGUAAACCGGAAAAUUUACUCAACUUGAAAAACUUUUUUUAUUUUUCUUUUUUUAAGAGAAAAAGUAAGGAAUUUCAAUCCGUUUGCUAGGAUUUUUUUGUGACUUUUUUUCAAGUUGGAACUAGGGUUUUGGUAGUUUCCAAGUAUAUUUUUCUGCUUAAAAGAAUUUUUAUGGUAUUUUUUUAAAUCUUAAACCUGAUUUUUUUGAAUGUUAUAUGGCUUAUGGAACAAGAAUGAAAUUUAUAAAAGUCCUUUUAGAAGAGUAACAUCGUCAAUUCUCACGAUUUCUCCGCAAACCCGGCGACUCCAUUACGAUUUUUUGAAAGUUCUCUGUAUCCAGGUUCGGGAUUUCUAGCGAUUAUUUUGAGAUAAAUAUUAUAGGAAUGCGCUCCGGUGAUUAUAUCUUACCCAUUAUCUCUUUGUUAUUUGAUAUUCAGCUCAAUUUACGGGAUUAUUUCAAUCGGUGAAGGAGUUUUUUUAAAAAAAUUAAAACAAGUUUUUUUCAGAUUUGAAUAA